AGACACAGACGGGGUUCCUGACACUCUGCCUCUCCCUGCGCUCAGUCUGCCCCGUUCCCUUCUUCCCGUUCACUUCUCUUUGCGCUCCCAGUACAUUUUGUUUUUGUUUACUAUGCACGUGAGACGGAGGGACACCGACACGUCGUCUAAGCGUCAGCUCGGUUUGAACCACACGCGUCCGCCCCUUUAGGAGAGAUUUUCUUCUUCCUGUCUUCUUUAAAGCCUUUUUGUGGCUUGUGGGUUUUUUUUAAUCAGCAUUUGGAGCAAGAUGCUGCUACUUAUUGUUCUUCUUCCACUGAGUUUUUUACCCGGAGAAAGUUUUCCGUCCUACAAAUACGACGACAUGGAGGACGCCUUUGAUUAUUACGCCGCCACGGAGGAGCUGGAGGAGAGAAACGCGAGCGCGUGCGAGCUGUGCGUCCCGGAGACGUGUCCACCGGCGCAGGGCUGCAGCGCGGGGCUCGUGCGCGACUCGUGCGGCUGCUGCUUCGAGUGCGGAAACCUGGAGGGACAGCCGUGUGACCCCGGGGACAGAAACGUCUACUACGGUCUCUGUGGAGAGGAACUGGUGUGUAAGACCGAGGCGUCUCCGGCGGCCGACGGAGAGCCGCAGUGCGUGUGCGCGUCUCAGGAACCUCUGUGUGGAUCAGACGGUCAGACUUACAUGAAUGUCUGUAAAUACAAACAAGCAGCUUUCUCCAAACCGGGACUGAGCUCGCGCGUCGGGCCGUGCAACACCGUUCCUGUCAUCAAAGUCCCGCCGCGUAACUUGGUGAACGUGACCGGCAGCAGCGCUGUGUUUUUGUGCGAGGUCUUUGCCUUUCCUAUGGCGCUGGUGGAAUGGAGGAAAGAGGGAAAGGAGGUUGUUUUGCCUGGAGACGAUCCUCAUAUAUCUGUACAGUCCAGAGGAGGACCUCAGAAGUAUGAGCUCUCGAGCUGGCUGCAGAUCGAAGACGCGACUCGGGCAGAUUCGGGGACCUACAGAUGCACCGCCAGGAACGACUUGGGUAACGUCUCGGUCACGGCAGUGCUGGGGAUUCUGCCACCAGAUGAGAUGUCUGCCUAUUUAGAGGAAAGCAUGAAAGAGAUGAUGGGAUAUGAUCCGAUCAGAGACUACGACGGAGAAUACUAUUAAACCUGAAUACAUUUUAAACCUGAAAUGUAGAGCUGAAAAACAAAAAAAAAAGACUUGAGAAACUCUACUUGAAAACUUAAACUGCCUCCUGUGUCCAUGAGGACAUUCUGGACCCACGAACAUGAAGAACACGGAGAGAACAUGACGCAGCCCAGGGACGUGAAAUACAUAUACACUUUACACAUUACACAUUAGACCUCAGAAAACCAGGGACGUCUGUAGAACCUCCUGGUCAGAGGUUUUAAUCCGAAGAUGAACGGAUGAAUAUUUCUUUUUGUUUUAAACUGCUGCUCUUUAUAUUUCAUUUUGUGAUGUAGGCUAUAAAAUAUAAAACAUAUCUGCUGGUGAACAGGGAACUCGGAGCACAUCCCAGACACGCUGUAACUAUUUGUCCGGUCUCAGAUUUCAUGUGUUCUUUAAAUACCAAGUCGUAAUGUUUCCCUUUCUUAGGUUUAUAUAUUUUUUCCAUAUGUGGCCUCCUUUGGUUUGUGUGCAUGGGUGCUAGUUUGAUUCCCAGAGGGCGGAGCUUCAUCUACAGCUGGUUUACUUUAAGAACUUACGUUUUAAAGCUUGAGCGCAGUUUAAACGUCUCAUACGGUGCAGUCGCUCGUCUCCAUUUCUAAAACUGAGCCACUAUGAAUUAAAGACUGAUAUACUUUUUAUAUUUCCUCUAUUUAGCUGAUGGGUUUUGAUUUAAACUCAAUAUAAACCUAUUUAUUACAACGUGUAUGCUAUUCAACAUCUUGCUUAAUCUUUCUGUCUAAUUAUAUUUAUAUAACGAGGCCAUUUUGACGGAGGAAUCUUUCACGUUCAGGUUCACACGGUAACAUUUGGCCUUUUAUAUUUUAAAAACUUUUAUAUUU